GUUACUUCUUUCUUUCUCUAUUUAGAAUAACGUAACGUGUUGGUUUUCCGAUCAUAAAUUAUUUUAAUUUUGGAGACUUACGUUUUAUAUUAACUCAACUAGAAACAUUUUAUAAUUACAAUGGCAAUCAUAGAUGUAAAAACUGCACAAGGCGUGAAACAACUUGAAGAAUUUUUGAGUAAUAAAAGUUACAUUUGCGGCUAUGAACCGACCAAAGCCGAUGUUGAAACUUUCUCCGCGUUAGAAGUGUCUCAGGCCAAGACACCAAAUGUACUUAGAUGGUACAACCACAUUAAGUCGUUCUCUGACAAGGAACGCGCUCAGUUUCCUGAUCAGAAGUCCGAAUUCAUUGUGACAGCUGGUAGUUCUGCUAAGCCAGCUGAUGAUGAAGAUGAUGUUGAUUUGUUUGGAUCUGACGACGAAGAAGAUGAAGAAGCAGAACGUAUUAGACAAGAAAGACUUAAAGCCUAUAGUGAAAAAAAGGCCACCAAAAAAGUAGUCAUUGCUAAAAGUAGCAUUGUGUUGGAUGUAAAACCUUGGGAUGAUGAAACUGAUAUGAAACAGUUAGAACAACAAGUCCGGACAAUCGUCAUGGAUGGUCUUGUUUGGGGAGCUUCCAAAUUGGUAGAGAUUGCUUUUGGCAUCAAAAAACUCCAAAUUAUGUGCAUUGUUGAAGAUGAUAAAGUAUCUGUUGAUGCCCUUGUGGAAACCAUUCAAGAAUUUGAAGACUUUGUUCAAUCUGUGGAUAUUGCUGCAUUCAACAAAAUAUAAUUUUGUCUAGUUCUUACAUUUUUGUCAAAUUGUUUCAAAAAUAUGAAAUAAAUGAAAAAUCAAUUAAUUUUUAUAUCAUUAAAAA